UUAUUAAAUAACUAUAUUACUCAUUAAUAUAUUGCCUUUAAGACCAGUUCCUAAGGAACUGUUUGAAAUUUAUAUUUAUUAAUAAGCACUUAGUUUUUAUUCAAAUAUAAAAGCAACUGUAUUUAAUAAUAUUCUGGUUUGGAUCUAUGCAUCUGAAAUGAGAGGAGGGCUAAAUUUUUUUCAAAAAAUAUAUAAUUUUAAUUUUAGUAACUGCAUAAAUAUAAUAGGUUAUAAAAGAUUAUAGCAAACAAUAUUUGAUAAUAUUAUUAACAGUUUUAUUUAUAUGUUUAAUUUAUGAAUUUUGAGACAUGAUAUAUUUAUUAUAUAAAUAAAUAAUAAUAUAAAGCCCCUUAGCUCCCCUAUUUAUUCGUGCCUGAUAAUAUAAGUCUUUAGAGUUACUAUUUAUAACCUGAUGGAUAAUAGGUAACUGGAUUUAUAUUGUAUACAAAUUAAUGUAUAUAAAAAAUUAAUUGAAUGUAUUAUUUACAUUUGAGAAUUCCAAUCAAGUUAUUAUAUUUUUUUUUUUUCAUUUGAACAUUCAUAUUUAACAUUCCAGGAAUAAAUUUUAUCACUUUAGUAGCAGAAAGAAAAGAAUUCAGUUUAAAAAUAAAAUUUAAUAAAAGUUAAUUAUGAUUUAUGGCUUAUGACCAUAUAGGUGAGAUGAUUGUACAUUUGUACAUAAUACUAUAAUAGAUCUCUUAUCACUAGGUCUAUGAUUGUAAAAAAUAUACAAAAAAAUUGAAUCAUAUGAAUUGAAUAUGGUUCAAGAAAAAAAAAAUAAAAAAAGUAAUGUUAUUUGUAACGCAUUACUUUAUUAAUGAAAAAGUAAUGUAACGUGAUAAAAAUAAUUUUAGGUAACGCAAAUGUAAUUUAAAUAAAAAUAUUUGAAGUAACAAGUAACGUAAUUUCAUUACUUUUUAAAAGUAAUUUACCCAACACUGACUAUAGUUGACAGUAGAACUUAUAUUUUUUGAAAAAGUAAUAAGAAUACAGGCAUGGUAAUAUUUUAUAAGCGUUCAAAUUUUGUCGAAACCACAGUUAAUUUGUAGUUCAAAACUUAUAAAAUAUUAAAUUUGUAUAAGCUAAGACUAGAAAAUGUAAUACAAGGUCUUUCAUACAAGUAGUUCAUACUUUUACCGAAAAAUUACAGAUCAUUUUUGGAAAAUUGGUAUGCAAAUACAAUGUUUUUUUAAAAAUGAAUUCAUUUUAGUAAGAGGUAUAUGAAAUUUACGUCUUGCUUACUAUAGUUGAUAGUUGAAACUUGAUAAAUAUUUUUUUUUUUAUAGUAAUUAUAAUACGGCAAUGGGGGGGCUUCAGCCCGUUAGCCCCCCCCCCUUUUGGACGCCACUGUUGUGUACUUAUUAAUUACAUUAUUAUUAGUUAUAGUGGUAACAAUACUUAUUAUUAUUAUUAUUAUCAUAUGUGGUAAGAAGCACAUUAUUAUGUAACAAGAUGAUUUUCAUCAGUUGUGAAAUAUACAUAAAAACUUAAAAUAAGGCAUCAUGGCAUAUAAUCGACCUGCAAAUUUAAAACUUACAGGCAAUUUAAAUUACAAUUUCAAGAUUUUGAAACAAGAAAUUGAAGUAUAUUUUAUGGCAACUGAAACAAACACCAAAAGACAGGAAGUUCAAGUGGCAAGAUUACUAAAUUUAUUAGGACCAGAUGGUUUAAAGCUAUACAACACGUUUAAAAUUGAUGUUGUGACUGUGGACAAUAUUUUCAAGUCAUUGGAAGAAUAUUGUGUCCCAAGGAAAAAUAAGUGAUGGAGCACUACAAGUUCUUCACACGUAAACAAGCCGAAGGUGAACCAUUUGACAAAUACUAUGCAGGUAGUUCUAGGAAUUAAUGACAAGGAAUUACAGUCUAAAUUAUUAAGAGAAGAUUUACCAUUGAGAACAGUCAUUCAAUAUUGUCAAGUAGUAGAGCAAGCUUACUAUUGUCGCUUUGUGCAGAAAGAAAAUCAACAAAGCAGUGUCGACCAAAUUGGAAAAGACAAGAAUGGGCGUUUCAAGUCUCAGGAGGCAUAUAAAAGAAGUCAACAUCAACACAAAGUAAAGAACGAUGAAAAUAAAAAAUACAGUGACUGGAGUGAAGGCAAGUCUAACAAUGCUGAGGGAAAAUGUGAAGAUGAGGAUAGUAAAACAUAAAAUAGAGACUGUAUCUAGAGCUUGUAUCUAGAACUAGAAAAGGAUGUAUAAUUAAAAAAGUAAUAAGAUAUAAUUAAUGAUGAUUAUGUUAAUGCAUAUAAAAAAAAAAAAAAAUCAUUUAUUAAAAACUGUUUCUUUUUCUUAUAUUCAAAUAUAUUAACUUUUUAUAUUAUACUUUGUAUUGUGUAUAUUACGUAAACAUCAUUAUUAUGCAAAUUAUGUACAAAUAUUACUAUGAUUUGUUUUACUUAGUUGUUUUCAAAAUUCAUUUUGUAUUUUAUGUUUAUCAGUUUUGUUAUAUUUAAUAGUUUUAUUAUGUCAUUUUUUAUUUAAAAAAUUAUUUUUAAAAGGGGAGAUGUUACGUACAUUAUUAUGUAUCAAGAUGAUUUAUAAAAGUAUUAUCAGUUAUGAAAUUUACUUAAAACAUAAAAUAAAUCAAAUUCAUUGCCAUAUUAUGUGUUGUUCAAUAAUUAAUUAUUCAUAUUUUUAAUAGUUAUUAUUUGUUUUCAU